AAUCACAUCUCAAUUGGCAAAUUGUCACAAUUAUGUCAACAUCAUUUGUUCAAACCAGCAAUUUUCGGAUAAAAUCACUUUAAAAAUUAUCAUAUCGACCGACGUACAUGCACUUUUUCUGUAAAUCAGUCCAUAUAUUUAUUUUCAUAUGUAACUAUAAUGGGCGGUAAAACGAAGCAGAGCCAAAGAACUAAGAACAAUGUUCGACCUUCAAGCAGCGGUCGGAGCGCAGAACUAUUAAGUAAUACAAUUAAAGUGGACUCAUCAUUUGGAGCCUUAGGUCACGGCAAGCCUCUACCGGUGUUAUUCUCAACUUUAGGUGUAUCCAAUAUUGACCUAGGCCUCAGCCCUGAAUUCUCAGUAUGUUUCAAGAAGCUUAAUAAAAAGGAUCCAAUUACUAAAACAAAGGCUCUACAGGAAUUGACUGAACUGGUAAAGAAUAGCAAUGUCGAUGAAGUGGUAGCGGCUUUACCGAGCUGGGCUCACUUCUACCAAACUUUGAUCAUUGACAGUGACAGGAGAGUGCGGGAAGCGGCUCAGCUGUGCCACGGCACGCUGGUGUCGGCGAGCGGGCGGCGCGCGGCGCCCCAGCUGCGGCGCCUGCUGCCGGCGUGGCUGCUCGCGCGACACGACGACCAUGCGCCCGUCAGCGCACAGGCGCACGCGCAGCUCAAGAUGACUUUUCCUGAGAGCAAAUUAGGGGAAGCAAUCUCGUUCUGUAAAUCUGAAAUCAUGUCAUUACUCAUUGACAACCUCACGGGCAAUGCAGAAGCUAUGCUCAGUAAAAAACUCGACAAUCCCGAGGAACGUGAAAUUCAAAUUGUGCGUGUUCUAUGCAGCAGCUUGAGAGCGCUGGAUUUAUUUUUAACCGAACUGCCGGAAGUUCACAACGACUGGCUGUGGGACGCGAUAGAGCCGCUACUGCAAGCGAAUACUUUUUGGAAGCUGGCCGCGCAUCAGUCGCAAAAUAUCAGGGCGGCGUGGUACGGCGCGGCGGGGCGCGCGGCGGGGCGCGGGGGCGCGCGGCCGGCGGCGGGCGUGGGCGCGCGCGCGGCGCGGGCGCUGCUGGCGCGCGCCGAGGGCGGCGCCGUGGCCGCGCAGCGCUGGGCCGCGCUGCUGCACGUCAUGCACCGCCGGGAGGAGUGGCACACGUGGCUGGAUAAAAAAGAUCUACUCAUGAAACGACUUCUGGAAGUUAUAGAAAACGGCGGAUGGGGAGACGCUCGGCUUUUGUCUAAUAUGUUGCUGCCGUUGUUGGCUAAGUUACCGGCUGAUUUGAUCACCAAGGACUUCUAUAUAGCAUUCUUUGGCGCAAUUUUCACUGGGUUUAACAACAAAAUACUAAUAAGUUCGAAAAGUGAAAGACAGACAUGGAUAAAUAUUCUAGAAGAAUGUCUUCGAUAUUUGUCAAUUCAGCAGCACGAAUACGUCAUAGAAGUAGUUACUUUCGUAUAUCGAACUUGGCUUGAAAAAAUAUUCGAAUAUACAGAUACGCAAGUGAAAAAUCACUUGAUAAAACAUUCGUCAACAACUAUGGCAUCGUUGGUCAAAUAUUGGCUCAAACAGACCAAACAAGAAAACAGUGAAAAAUACGACCAACUCAUAAGGAAUUUUUGGUUGAGCAUUGGCUCAACGAUAGCUGCGCAGAUAGACAAAUUAACGGUCGAAAAAGAUGAUAUUGUGCAAAUGAUCGAAUCACAUAUACUUCUAUUGCAAACUUUGAAGACAGCUUUUCUACAAGAAGGCAAAAAGCAACAUCAUAUUCAGUUUGCAGAUCAAAAGAUGCCGGACGUCAAAGAUCCGCCUCCGGCUGUAACGGAGCAGUGCGACGUCGCUUCAGUAGAAAGGUUCAACCACAAUUUAAACGCCGUGGUGGAGACCACGUGCUGCAAAUACUUCGACUUUGCGCACGAGAAACAAGUCUCUCAAGCUGUCUUCACGUCUUUGAUCACGCUAAUAAUAAAAUUUGAAAGUAAGAAUUUAUUUCUGGCGCAAGCGAGACACUUCAAUCAAGAUUCAGUUUAUGGAUUGUAUGAUUCUGUGUUGAGGAAUUGGUUAGCCGGCGACACUAUGAGAUGCAAAGCGCUCGUAGAUCUCAUAUUCAUUAUUCUUAAAUAUUUAACCGAACAAGAACAAGACGGGAUGUUCAAGUCUUUUCAACAGUUUCCUCCAUUUGUGGUGGAAUGGUGUAUAUCGAGGACUCUGUCGCACCCGCACUGCUCGUCGGCUGCGGGAAAGAGAUGGCUGCGCGGCGACGUCGUAGAGGCCAGCAUGGUCGCACUGUGCAAGCGACAGGAAGACAGCGAUGCGGACGAUAUGCUUCUAAAGUGUCUCAGUCCCGACGAUAGGGGGGAGGCGGCGCUGAGCGAGCGCGGCGUGGCGCGCGUGGUGCGCGCGCUGAGCGCGGCGCCGGCGAGCGCGCGCGCGGCGCGGGCGGCCGCCGCGCUGGCGCCCUGCGCGCUCGCGCUGCCGCUGCUCGACGCGCUGUUCCGCCUCUCGCUCGAGCGCCCCGCGGGCGAGCCCCGCGAGGCGGCGGGCGCGGCGCGCGCGGCGUGGAGCGGCGCGCUGGCGGCGCUGCCGGCCGACGCGCGCGCCCGGCUGCUCGCGCUGGCGCGCGCCGCGCUGCACCGGCGCGUGCACUCGCGCACGGAUGAACUGGAUAUGGAACGUAUCGAACACGCCGCGUCUUUGUGCCCAUAUCUCUUUUUAUCUGGACUAAAUAAUUCUCCCGAAAAUGCCAGCGAAAUAGUAUCCCAUACCAAAGAGCUGUUCGAGAUGCAAACACAGAGACCCGAAGUGCCCAUUGAAGUGUUCGCCCUGAGGUGCGACUGUAUAGAAGGAAACAUCAAUUGUCCUUUUGAAAACGAAAAUGAAUUCAUCGAAAUAGUCGUGAGAGAUUCAGACAAGGAACACGAGGAGCUUACGAAAAAGGAUCUCAUUUUGUACCUCAACGAGAGUUUGUUUCGCGCUUCAUUCUUGAGAGCUAUUCUAUCGAAGAAGGCAGUCUCGGAUGAAGACGAUGAGGAGACCGAAUCUUGGUGCGAUGUGCUGUUGAGAGACGAGUAUUUCAAAGCGAAAUUGAAUCGGGUGCUCUACGAAUAUGUGGUUCUCAACGUGUUUUACGAGAAAUAUGCUUUUUGGCCUGAUUAUGAAGUAAUAAAAAAAAGUAAAGAACGAAUGGAAAACUUAAUAGAAGAUAUUUUAUCCGAGAUCACACCGGAAACAAAGAAUGUCGUCAUGUCAUACAUACACGAGAAUGCGAUCACAAAAGGUUACUACUGGUCGUAUGCUAAGAAAUUAUUCGUCGUUAAAAUGAAUAAAAUAGCGCACGAGAUUCGCGAAAGUGAAAACGAAACGCCCGAAAGUCAAUUAAGCUUCGACGACAGACUGGAAGACGGUAAAGUUUGCGAUGAGAAAAGUGAAAAAGAGGACGAUUCUGAGACUACGAAUAAAACUCCCGAAAGUGACGAAUAUCAAAACGUUAUCGAAAAUUUAGAUAUAUCUAAAUUGGAGGAAAUGAUCACUGGAAGUGGAUUCUUUCACAGUUUGCAGGCGGACGCGGCGCCGAGCGAGCAGUCGCGCGCGCUGCUGAUGCUGCGCAGCGUGUGGCGCGCGCACGCGCACGAGUGCGCCGCGGCCGCGCCGCUCGCCGCGCCGCACGCCGCGCCCGCCGACGUCGUCAUCGACCUGUACUACCAGCACAACCACAUCAUGCUCUACGAGACGGACCUGACCGCGGCGCCGUGGAGCCAGAUCGUCAGCAACGCGGCCAUCGUGCGGUUCCUGACCGAGAGCGUGCGCGCGCGCGGCUGGGAGCUGGGCGCCCACCAGUGGGACUUCACCACCAUCACGCUGUGCUCGCUGGUCACCUCGCUGCGACUCAGCGCGCAUCGCUGGUGGUGCUGCAAGGUGGCGAUCGUGGCGCGGGCGGUGCUGGAGCUGUUCGGCGUCGUGCACGAGUUCGUGGGCGGGGUGCGCGCGGAGGCGGAGCGGCGGCAGCCGAGUGCGCACGUGCUGGCGCUGCCCACGGAGUGGGCGGACAUCUUCGCGCCAGACUUGAAUAAAAAUCUAUUCGAAUUACUAAUGAUAAUGCUCAAGCAAGACGGGCGCGCGAUGACGUCGUGCCGCGUGUCGUCGCUGGGCGCGCUGGCGGCGUGCGGCGCGCGCCUGCAGUGGGAGCGCGCGCCGGCCGCGCUGUCGCUGCGCGCCGCGAGCGACGCCGCGCUGGCCGCGCUGCGCGGCGUGGCGCACCCCGCGCUCAAGUACCUCGCCUUUGCCGCGCUCGACCUGCUCGCCGAGCCGCUGGUGCUGCACGACGCCGAAAAGCUCGCGGAGUGGUGCGGUCGAGAAGACGAUAGUCCCCGGCCAGAGUUCACUCUCACCUAUUAUGACGAAACUUUGGUUCACCUCCAGGACCUCGUCGACGCUGCGUUGUCGAAUAUAAACGUGUGUGAGGGCACUUGCGAGAUGGUGGCGCCCUCCGACAGUCACAGCGUGGCGCUCGGUCAUCAGCUACUGGCCGUCGCGCUGUUGCGGCACUGUGCUCGCGCGCGCGGGGACCUCGCGCAGUUCUACAUCGAGCUGCUCAGAGAGGGCGCGUACGCGGCGGGACUGAUGUCGAGCUGCGUCCGGCUGCUGCCCGCCGACGUGCUCCGCGCCGCGCUCGAGGGCACCGAGCGACCGGCGCUGCCGGCGCGAUGGCUGCGCUGCUUCCGCGAGCUGCCCGCCCUCGACGUUUACGAGCGCUGCGACGGCGAGACGGUGAGCGCGCUGGCGUGUCUGGUGCUGGCGGAGACGCUGGGCGGCGCGGCGGCGGGCGAGGCGCGCGGCUGGUGCGGCGCGCUGGGCGUGCGCGCGGCGGGCGCGCUGCGCCGCGUGGUGCGCGCGGCCGUGGCGCCCGCGCUGCGCCGCCGCCUGCUGCUGCAGCUGCGGGACCGCGCGCACGAGCUGCCCGACUCGCAGGUCACCAUCCAGUGGUCUCGCGCCGAGGUGCGCUGCGAGCUGGAGCUGGAGGAGCGCACGCUGGAGCUGACGCUGCAGUUCGCGGAGGAGCACCCGCUGGUGCCGCCGCAGGUCACGGCGCCGCCGAACUCGCCCGCGCCCGACACGCAAUGGAUCGUGCUCUACCUCGCCUACCAGAACGGCACGCUGCUGAACGCGCUGAAGAUGUGGAUCAGCGCGGUGACGGCUCGCGUGCAGAGCUCCCCGCAGUGCUACAUCUGCUACUGCCGCAUGCACCCGUCGUCGGGCCGGUUGCCGACCGUGCCGUGCCACCAGUGCCGGAAUAAGUUCCACUCGCCUUGUUUGCGUAAAUGGUUCUCCACGAGCAACAAGUCAAAUUGUCCUCUCUGUCGUACGAAGUUUUGAUAAGCCCCAUCGAAGGUCGAGGAUCUUCGGCUCAAGCGAUCUCAGUACAAAGCGGCUGCAGAGCGUAUGCGCGUAAAUGGUCAAGCACUCAAACUUCAGUUAACUAUAAACCAAAUACAUUAUGGAAUUCUACUUUUUGUUUGGUAUUUGUGAUAACAUAACCAC